AUGCUGGCAAUUACAGGCCGUGGGUGCGGGGCGGUGCCAUUGGUCCUGGUGGGCUCCGCCCCACGGGGCGAGGCUACCUCACUGUUUACUCGAGCUCCUGCCCCAGUGGUCGCGGUAGCAGCGUCGAGGGGGUGGCGGGGCCGGCCGCGCGUCCCGCACCACCUAGCGGCUGAGCCCGGCGCCUGUAGGGGGCCAGGCGCGGAUCGUGCGCGGGCAGGCGCGGACCACUGGUGUGGGGCGCUGAGGAAGCGGACAGCGGGGCCGGCGGCCAUGAAGACGGAGAUCUCCACUGCCGCGGGCUUCAUCACCCGCCUGCUACGCACCCCCGGCGGCAUCGGCGACGAGCAGCUGCGCUGCUUCAGCGAGUCACUGCAGGAGGCGCUGCGAGACCAUUAUAAACACCACUGGUUUCCCCUGAUGCCCUCCAAGGGCUCAGGGUACCGAUGCAUUAGGAUCAACCACAAGAUGGACCCCUUGAUAGGGAAGGCAGCCGGCAUGAUCGGACUGAGCCAUCAGAGACUCUUCCAGCUCUUACCCAGUGAAUUGACUCUUUGGGUUGACCCCUUUGAGGUGUCCUAUAGAAUAGGAGAAGAUGGGUCUAUCUGUGUCCUUUAUGAAAGCCCCCCACCGGGUCUGAAGACUGCCAAAGCUCUGGAGAGUAGAAACCGCUGUAAAAAGGAAUGGAGAAUUGGCAGAUCAAGCCCUUCCAAGAAUUACAACAUGAUGACAGUUUCUAGUUAAAAAUUAACAUUCCUUGUACAAUUAUGUAUGUAUGUAUCCCAGUUUCAUAAUGAAGUUAGAUGAUGUAAUUGAGAUGUUGAUUUUCACCCCAUAGCCAUUAAAGUUGUAGUAGUACUGCCAAGUUCUUUGUUGUGGCCAAGGGCUAAUGUAUAAGCAGUUCUUUAAACUGCAUGCAAUUUUCUGGAUUGUAUACUGUAAAUGAAAUGUACAGUCAGCUGAUUGUUCUACAGAUAUAUAUUUUGACAGAAUCCUUGGCUGUUUGUAAUAAAAAGAAAAAUAACUUAA